UUCGCUCUACAACACCACUGCGAAUCAACCUCUAUAUCACGUUUUGGUCCGCCAUCGUCCCUACAUGUUUCAGACGGCCCGGACGGUUGAACACCCUUCCCGCAUCAGGGAAGUGCAGGCACUAGGCUGUUUGUCUCCCGUUUGGGUUUGCGGGUGACUGCAGGAAGGGUCCUAGUGCGACUGCCUGUUGGCGUUGGCAACUGUCGCCACCAAACGGUUUGGCUUCCUUCCUUUUCUCACGUCGCAUCCACAACUCUCGCAACACUAUACCGUGCAACAUUUUCAUCGGAGUUGACGUCUAGUAAAGCCUGUCGCUUGCAAAUUUCAAUGGAUGACUUUGAGCGAGGCGACGCUGCCGAAUGGCAGGCUGUCGAAUCAAGAAGCCGACCGAGACCGCCAGCCAAGCCAUCACUGAACAAUGUCCGCAUGAAUGCAGCUGCUUCCAGGAGUGAGAUGGUUACCUCUAAGCCGCCUACACCGCCAGAGGCACCUGUCUCAUCUCAACCAACCCCUCGGACUGAAGAGGAUGGGUGGCUGAUUGAUCUUCACGGUCAAGAUUCUGCUCCCCAAUCUGCGGUAUUUGUGGCACCGGCAAUUUUAACUCAGCUUCCAAUCUCUGCCACUACGGCAGAGCUCAACAGCCUGACGCAAACCCAAUCACACUGGACAGCACCUCGCCCUGAUUUUCAACCAACUUCUUGGCUUAAGUCGGAUGCCAACUAUGUCAGCCAGGGUGAUAAUUUGACACCGCAUGUAGCGGUUGAGAGCAAUUCCGAAUUCGAGACCAGGGUACGUCAUGGAUCAAACUCGAGAAAAGCAUUCAGGCCCUAUUGGCACUGGGCUGGCUCUAUCCCUUUGAAAACGGAUGACAUUGAACCACAGAUUCAGACACGCCAUGAUGACACUUUCCAGCUUAUUCCGGAACUUGCACGCCUUUCUACCGCACAGCAGUCGAAUGAGCAGCCGUCUUCAUCUUCAACCAUUUCUACGGCUCUAUUCCAGCCUCGUGGUAACCAAGCUGAUUCGGAAAACACCCAGCAAUUAAUCCAAGAUUUCCCGGUUGUUUCUACUGGAAUUGCUGGCUCCGGAGCGCAAGGCCCGACCGGUGUAACCGCCAUGUCUCCUUCCCAGUCCAUUCCUCAAUACUCUGCAUAUGCCACGCCUCAUAGACGUGGUCGAAUGAACCUUGGUCGCAGGCCAGCCAAUCAACAACUAGGCACUACACCGCUUGUUGAGAUGUCUCAACGGCAGAAUAGCCGAGAUAAUGGCCAACAACGGAAUGAAAGACAGAAUGCCCUCGGUCAAGAUAGCGCCAACUUGUCUUCUUCCGGUCACAGGCCUAUCUCCCUUCCGCCUCUCGGUGAGAACAGACCCAGCGCCUACAUCUCGUCUUCAGCAAGCCAAGUUGCCACUCCUCAGAGACCUCAAAAUCCUCUUCACAAUGGACAAGUUGUCAGUAGAAAUAUGCGCAACGGCCGUGGCAGCAGAGGUCGCCCCCCAACCUUGGCAGCCAGGCCCGACAACAGGGCAACUGCCGAAUGGCGAAACAGAAAGGGUAGUGGUCAUCAAACGUACAAAAUACCUGGAGACAUCAAUCCUCUUGGCGGAGAGGAGAGGCCUUCGGACGCUCAAGUUCUGAUUCCCCGUGUCGCAGAUAUUGCGGCCGUCUGUGGUGUUCACGUUAAUACAAUCUGCAAAGGUGGGAAAUUUGAAUUGGAGAUAUACGGAGAUCAAGCAGCAGCAAAGAGAGCCUACGACAUGAUCGAUGAGUGGAUCAAACAACUCAACGUUGUCACUCGCAAAAACCACAUAUGGGCCAAGACAUAUGGAUAUGACGAAAAGAGAGCCAGAAAGGUGCACAGAAAGAUUCAAAGGGAACAAGUCAGACAAAGGUAUCGACAGUCCUUAAAGGAGGAUGAUCCUGUUCCCGAAUUCUGCUCCGAAUUUGAAUGGCCUCUGGAAUAUGCGCCUAGGGACGUUAUGGGCCCCAACUUUGAAGCCCUCGAUCCUAUUCGUAUGGAUUCUCUCUGUUACAUCUCUUGCCAGAUGGGACCAAACAUCACCUUUUCACUCCGAGGGAAUGACAAGACAAAGCUUGAGGAAGCCAUCAGUCGCAUGAAGCAGAUUCCCGCACAGCUCAAUGCGAGAGCAUUUGAACCUGAGUGUACUUACAUGCUCGAAGUUCCGGAACUAGGAUCAUUGCCGCUUCCAUCUGUCACGCUUCUGCCGUAUAGCAAGCCAGUACCUUCUUCAAAGUUUCACAGACCAGUUGAGGCCCAACUUGAUGCAAUCUGGGCCACCCCAAGAUACUCCCAACCACUUCCAACCACGUCUGCCAAUCCUGCGGCUGCUACUGGACAUCCCUCAACAGCAAAGCGACUUAUGGAAUCUGUCGUCGAAACCAUGUCCCACCUACGCUACAAUGAGGGUGCUUUCAAGAUGCAAAUACGCCUAGGCACCUUCGUGGCGACUAAGUACCGUAAGACAGAAAGGGCUACGUACCCAUAUAAUAAGUUUGCGGAAAUGACAACCGAAUACCAAUUUGAAGCCCAUGUUUCUGAAGAGCUGGGAAGGAAAGAUUUGGAGACGCAACUACUUUCAAGGUGUUUUCAAGCUAAUGGUCUCUUGAAACCAACUGGCGUAGAAGCCAUACACCUAGCAGAUGUCGAGCCCGUCUACUCAGCAACUUUCGUGAUCGAAAAAUCUGCUGGAGACUUAAUUCUGGACGUGGUGCUCUCAAGUUAUAAAGGAGCUACUCAGCUUGAAUCGAAGCGCUGGUCUCAGCUAGGGAAAAAAGAGAAAACCCCAAAAAGGUUCCUAGAUGCCAACAUCAUCGAUCUUCAAGAUGGCCUUGCAUGGCAUGUCGGUCUUGAGCACGCCAAAAAUGUCAGCGAGAGGGGCCUGGCAAUCGAUUAUCAGGAGUUUCCCGAGUCACUAGAACUUGAUUUAACCGCUGCAAAAGACAUCGGCGGAAACCGUGACUUCAUCAUCUACAGAACGAAUGCAAAUCGACGCCUCGGUAUUCCUAUCAAGUCUAUCUGUCAGAAACGCAGUUGGCGUUUCCACGUUGACCCCAAGCUCGAAUGGAACCUUGAGAUUACGGAAUUCCACACAACAGAAUUGUCUGGGGGUGAACCGUCUGUCCGGUACGAACCACGUUGGUCUGUCAAUGUUUGGCAUUCUGAAUGGGCCAAUCUGCUGGAAGCGAACAGUGCCGUCGAAAUUGGUCGGCCCGCAAACUGGGCUGUGGAAGAUGCUUGCAGUCUCUUCUUCCCGGAAUACCACGGUGAGCAUGGUAUUUCCGAUUCUGCGACAAUCAAUCACCGUGUAUCGGACAACGACGACAGUGAAUCCGAGGAAACUUAUUCACGACACGGAGACGUUGACGAUGAGGUGGCUCAAUACUGUCCACAUGACAGCCAAGACAAGCACGAGCUGGCCUCCAUCAAGGCCUUUAGUCAAUUAGUCGACCUACUGAGAAAAGUGAAAGACAUGGUCACCGGCAAAGGCGUCGAGAGUGCCCGUGUACAGUGCUGACAGAGCCAGUGAGUUUACUACUUCGAGGCAGUUUAUGCUUUGGCACGAACCCCGCGGAAGUCAUUGCAUCAGGGGGAAUACAGGAUACUCAUAUGAGCUUAUCCGUAUUUCUUUUACUUUUUCAUUUGAGGUUCUUACUUACUUUUCUUUCUUUGCUCACACCUGCACAAGCUUCAAGGUUGGCACAAGAGACGAUACAUUGAUCAGAGACAUCGUGAAGUAGUGGGAUGUGCUUCGGCUUCGUUCAAUGCCAAUCUGGCUUCUGGGUUUCCGGAUGAUUAAGUGGCUAGAACCUAGGUGUGGACCGCUUCUACGUCUACAACACCUCAUUCCACGAAAGUUGCUUCUUUUGCUCGUCGGGAUUCAUCAACUCAUCAAAUCAUCAACUUUGUAGAAUUAGCAUCCCCAAUAGCAUAACCUUUGGGCUAGAAGCCUCUAAAUCUGAGAAGUGAUUCACAC